GAGGGGAAGAGGCGGCAGUAGCAGGUUUGUGAGAGCAGCAGAACAGAGGAGGAGGAAGAAGAAGGAAGGAGGAGGAAUCAGAGCGAGAGAAACCGUGUGGCUGCAGUCAAGAGGGACACACACACACACUGAGAGAGCGAGAGAGGAGGAGAGACAGAGAGAAGAGAAGGUUUCCUCCCCUCUUCACCUCACUGACCCAUGAAAGAAGCCAUGCCGGUCCUCACAGCAGGAGCGGGGCUUCAUGAAACGUUGGCCCUGCUGACCUCUCAGCUGCGGCCCGACGCCAAUCACAAAGAGGACAUGGUCUUCCUCAAAGACGUCUUCAGUGAGAGGAGCUUGGGAUACCUGAUGAAGAUCCAUGAGAAGCUGAGACAGUAUGAGAGACAGAGUCCAACCCCCGUCCUUCACAGUGCCUCUUCUCUGGCAGAGGAUGUGACAGAGGAGCUGCAGAGCGGACCAAUGAGCACAGAGGAGAAGGAGCUGCUGCACCUGCUGUCCUCACCACAUCUCAAGGCCGUGCUCUCGGUGCAUGACACGGUGGCGCAGAAGAACUUUGAUCCUGUGCUGCCACCGCUCCCCGAUGACUUUGAGGACGAGCUGGAUGAAGAGUCGGUGAAGAUUGUGAGGCUGGUGAAGAACAAAGAGCCUCUGGGAGCAACCAUCAGGCGGGACGAAGCCACUGGGGUGGUGGUCGUGGCUCGGAUCAUGAGAGGAGGAGCAGCCGACCGAAGUGGGUUGGUGCAUGUAGGAGAUGAACUCAGGGAGGUCAACGGAGUCUCUGUCAUCCAGAAGAGGCCCGAUGAGAUCAGUCAGCUGCUGUCCCAGUCCCAGGGCUCCAUCACUCUAAAGAUAAUCCCCGCCAUUAAAGAAGAGGACCGCCUGAAGGAGAGCAAGGUGUAUAUGAGAGCAUUGUUUGACUACAUCCCUUUGGAAGACAAAGCAACGCCUUGCCAAGAAGCAGGACUUCCCUUCAAACGGGGGGACAUCCUACAGGUGGUGACCCAGGACGACCACACGUGGUGGCAGGCCAAGCGUGUGGGAGACAGCAACCUGCGGGCUGGACUCAUCCCCUCCAAACUGUUCCAGGAGAGGCGACUGGCCUACAGGAUGAAAAUGGGCACACUCCCGAAUCCAAAAUCCCCUAAAAAGCCUGCCUAUGAGCAAGGAUGUGAUAAAGAGGACUGUGACUGUGAGGGCUAUUUCAAUGGACAGUACAUAGUCUCUCCUAAGUGUAAAGCAGUGGCGCCCUCCUGUGGCCAGGUGUUUUCCUGGGAAUUUUAUUCAGCUGGUUUACGGAGGAGUUUCCGGCUGAGUCGUAAGGACAGGCAAGAUUCCUCCGGAGAGGGCUCUGAUUUUGGGGACAGCGACUACACGACUUAUGAAGAGGUUUCCCGCUACCAGCAGAGGCCCAAUGAGAGGCCCCGUCUGGUGGUCCUGAUCGGAUCCCUUGGAGCACGAAUCAAUGAACUCAAACAGCGGGUGAUUGCUGAAAACCCACAUCGUUUUGCAGUGGCUGUACCACAUACCACCAGGCCCAAGAAGCCUCAUGAGAAGGAGGGUGUGGAGUACCACUUCGUCACCAAACAGCAGUUUGAUGCAGAUGCUUUAAACAACAAGUUCAUAGAGCAUGGGGAAUACAAGGAGAACCAGUAUGGCACCAGUAUAGAGGCUAUCCGCUCUGUGCAGGCCAAGAAUAAAAUGUGUGUGGUGGACGUUCAGCCUGAGGCCCUGAAGAGGCUGCGGACAGCAGAAUUCAAGCCCUAUGUAAUAUUUGUCAAACCUCGUGUUCCGGAGAGCAGACGUCGCCGCAGCGCUGCCACUUCACCAGGAGGGGGGGAGCGUGGCCGCGUAACAGACGAAGACCUCCAAGAGAUGCGUCAGUCUGCCAUUCAGAUUGAUCAGCAGUAUGGACAACUGGUGGACCGGGUCCUGAUCAAGGAGGACUCAGCCAGUGCCUGUGCAGAACUGAGAGGUAUCUUGGAGAGGCUGGAGCGAGAGUCCUUCUGGGUGCCUAUCAGCUGGGUGCGGACCUAAACCUAACUUCCAGAAGAACUUCACAACCACUUCAACCAAAUCCUGCACCAGUCCUCUCCUAAUGAGCCGAUACCCCUCCCCUAAAGACCUGCUCCCCUGCCUCGGGGGGCGUUGAACUCUGACUGAUGCAGGAUCAGCCACAAACUAAUGCACAAUAAGGAGACGAUGAGUCGGAGAAAUACCUCGUUGUCUGGGGUUCUGCAGCAGAAGAUAGCUCUCGUUGCCCAGAAAUCACAGUGUCACUGUCACUUCAAGUCAUAUUUAUUAUUUUUAAAUUAUUGAUCUACUUCAAAGACAAGGGAAAGAUGCAAGUUUGUAGUUUUAGAAGUGUUUUAAUUCCCCACGCUGUCACAGAGAGUGGCAAGUUUGGGGUCCCACUCAGAGGAUUGCUCAGUCAGUCAGCUUUAUUGUGACUCUUGUUGGAGUACCUUUAGUAGCAUGUUUUUUUAAGGUUUAUUCAACUCAAUUCAUCACAGAAUGCUUCCUCUUAAUUCUUACUGGUCCUCUACAGUAUUAUAUACAACGAAACAUUCAGAAAAACAGGAGAAAAUUAUAUAUGAAGUUAAGUUAAUGUAAUUUUAAACUACUGUGUUUUUUCACUGAAUAUAAUUUCCACACAUGGACGGAAACAAAAUAUUAUCAAAUGGAAUGUGAGAAUUUCAUUUUCUACAGAACAGUUUGUUUAUGGGACACGCAUGAAAACUGAUUCCUCAGUCUCAGAUGUAAAUAUUGUAAAUGUGACCUCCUCGUGUGCCAACGAAAGAUGGCGUAGCACUUCAAUGCAACCUGUUUACCUUUGAUCCCUGGGAACCCACAUCCGUUUGUGUGUAGAAUAAUACCGUGCACAAAGUGUGUGUGUGGAUGUCACAUUCACUUCCUGUUUUCAAAAACAAAAAAGGGAGGAUGACAUGAUAUCCAUGGAUUGCAAAUCCUUUGUCUUUAUCAGCAGAUACUUUAAUUAAAUCCUAAUUUAAUUCAAUUAUCAAGCAAACAUGCCAAACCUUAUGUGAUCACUGUUUCUCAAGAGACACAGUUUAAUAACUAAUGAAAACACAUGUGUUCAAAAGUACCCUGAGUAAGUUAGCUAAAUCAAAUGGUUUGUUUCAGAUUUAUUCUUUUUUGUACAAAAUGUUCAGUUUUUGUUACUAUCCCUUCGAUGUGGCUCAGCAAUGGACAAGAGGAAAGUUAACUGAAUUUCUUCUCUAGGUGAAUCAGACUGUUGAAGCCUUUUCUUUGUGUCAGCUGAACUUCAAAUGUUAUAAUUUCACAGAACAAGGAUCUUGUCCCUUUGCAAUUAUUUCUGAAAUGACUUUAGGUGAGGAUAUUUACAGUCCGCAGGGAGCGGAGAGACGAUUACGAAGAACAUUAGCUCCUUUCAAGUACAUAUCAGCAUGUGCGUAUCAUAUCAAAAUAGACUUGUAAGAAUGUAAGUCUACUUUAUUGGGUUUAUUGACACAAAACCGAUUAUCUAUGUGGCUUGACUAAAGUAUGGAAUAACGAUUCUAUACUGACAUUUCUAUUGUUUGUGUGGUUAAAAUGAAGCAGCUUCUAGAUGCUUUUUUUUUUUUUAAAGAUGCCAUGUUCUCUUGAUGUCUUCAUGUUCUGGACAAACCCAGAAUGUUGAGUUUAUAACAUGACCUGUACAAAGUGCCAUAAUUAAAGCUAGCUGAGUCAAAUAA